AUGGCUACGGGGUGCCUUGAAAGGCAGCUGCGUGCUCUUCCUUUCCUUCACCGAUUUGAUGUUGACUGGCGGCUUGGGAGUUCCUUCAUUGCCUGGCCGAGUAAUCCUUUCCCGAUUAUAUUCUAUGCGUUUUUUUUCCCCCCUUGCUUCUUGCCUCCAUUGCUGCCAGGCGACGGGUGGCUUGUGUUGUGGCAUCCCUGUGAGAGUCCACCCUCCGCGCACCGUGAAGGCGGUGGUGGGUGGGCGAGUUAUGUGGCCGCCAUCGACGGAAGUAAUUCAUGUCCACACGCUGCUCUGCGUAUCGUGUUUCCCGUGCCAGUGAGGCGCGGGGAGACGUGUGGUCCGUCAUUGCCGCUUGCCGCGGAGGAGAGAAACAUCUUGCGCCACUGCACUCUUUCUCCCGCCUCCGUUGCCUGGUCUCUUUGGUCUCCGUAG